AUGGGAUAUGGAUUCAAACUGGUCUAUGAGCGCUUCAGGAAACAGUCUCUACCAAACUUUGAAGGAAAACCCGACCCUAUGGUGGUUGAGGAAUGGUUGAAGUCGAUCGAGGCCAUCUUUGAUCACAUGGAGUUGGAUGAUCGUCAAAGGGUUUUUUGUGCUGCUCAUCUACUCAAGAUGGAUGCAAAAAUCUGGUGGGAUGUGGUGAAGAAAACACGUGACCUCAACACCAUGACUUGGGCAAACUUUAUCCAAGUGUUCAACAAGAAGUACUAUAGUGCGACUAUACUAGAAACCAAGGUCGACGAGUUUGUAACAUUGAUGCAGGGCAACCUUUUUGACAUAGAGUACGCCCAAAAUGUUUAUAGGUUGGCAAGGUUUACUCCUGAGAUAGUACCAACCGAGGCCAUGAAGGUCCAAAGUUUUGUGAGAGGAUUACAACCCAUGAUUGCUAGGGAUGUGAAGAUGACCAGUGUUGAAGUGGUUAGUUAUGCUGAAAUCUUAGACAAGGCCCUUGGUGUAGAGUACUUAGAUGUAAUGACCCAACUAUUCUAG